AUGGUGGAAAUGGCGGUGGUGAACAAGAAACCGCACAAGAGAAGGCGGCGAAAGUUAAAGGUGAUCAAUGGCCUUUCAAUCCGAUAUAAAGUUAGUGCUCCCGCCAACCAAUUCACUGCAGCUUCGGGCGUGAAGGGCGGCACCGCCGCUCCCGGCACUGCUGGCGACAUCGGCAUGAACGUAUUGCUCCACGGCGACGGGGGCCAGUCAUUCUUCGACUUUCCCAACGAAGGCGUCAAUGCCAACCUCAUGGGCGUCGCAGUCCUCGCUCCCGACCCAAACCUUUUCUGGGGCGGUGGCAAAGGUCUGGACCGGACAGAAGGCAGCGCUCACUCACAAGCCGUUGCCGAUCUUGUUACGAAAGAGCUCCCCAACGUCGUCGCUUUCAAUCAGUCACAGGUCUUCUUCACUGGCGUUAGCGGUGGCUCUCUCACCCUCUCUGGCUUCUUCAUCCCGGAGCAGAUGGGCAAAUUCCCCAACACAGGAGUCCUGCUCAACUGCGGUGCUUUGGCUCCUCAGGUAGACUUCACGGCCGGAGCUCAGAAAGCCAUGGCGAAUACUCGAAUUCACUUCCAAUCAACUACCAAUGAGCUGCCCGAUAUUCAAAAAUCCCUUCCUCAGUCCGUCAAAGCAUACGAAAAGGCCGGUGCGGGUGCUGGGCUGGGUAACCGGCAGAUAAAUGCACUCCAGACGGUAAAUAACUCUCCGAAUGGCGGACAUUGUGCAUUUGACGAGCAGGGUUUCGUCAGCGGUGUGCAGCUCAUGGCGAACAAUUUCCGGAACAUCAUGCUUCCCGGUGCUAGUGGCCAGGUUAAUGGGAUUGGUGAUGUGGAUACCGGAGUAGUAGGAAACGAAAACCUGAAAUUUGCUAAAGCAGCAAAUCAGUAG